AAAUUAACCUUUCAUUGGCGGCGCUGGUCUAGGAGCGACACCCAGUUYACUCUUGCCUCCGAAUCGACGGAACUGUUGGUCUCUAUCGACAGAAAAUGGCGACCACAGCCGCUCCAGCUAACACAACCACAGUCGCUCCUACGAACACGACCACAUCCGACGUACCGCGAAACAACAGCGUCGAAACGUUCACUGUCGCUCUGAUCAUCAAUGGAAUCAUAGCGCUAGUUGUGUUGUUAGUCUUCUCCUAUUUAAGAUCAAAGCACAAACAUAUCUACGCGCCCCGAUUGCUUUUGGUUGACAAGACAUAUCCCUUAGGAACAUUUAACGAGAAAUGUUUUGGCUGGAUAUUUCCCGCGCUCCGAGCAACGAACGACGAUGUAUUCAACUACUCGGGAAUGGACGCCCUAGUUUUGAUCCGCUUCUUGAAGAUGUGCCUUAUAAUGUCGGUGAUCAUUCUGCCGUAUGGGAUCAUAGUUCUGAUUCCUCUACACGUCCACGGUGGGCUUGAUCUGGAGAAAUUAGACCAGCUUACUUUGUCCAACGUGAAAGCAUACUCGCCCAAGGUUUGGGCUCAUUUGAUCGCCGUCUAUGCCUAUACUGCUGUAUUCUGCUAUCUACUCUACAGGGAGUGGAAAAUCUACAUCGAAUACAGGCAAAAAUGGCUAGCUAAGGGGCUCAAACACCACUAUGCAGUGCUUGUGAGAGAUCUUCCUACAAAGUUGCAAAGUAAUGAAAGCCUCAAGACCUAUKUGGAGCAGUUGUUUCCUGCAGAGCUUGAAGAUCUUCAUGUGGUUGAGAACCUUGAUGAAUGGCAGAAACUAGUUGUCCAACAUGACCAGUUUGUCUGGAAGCUGGAGAAGGCUAAGUUUAUUCAUGAGAAGAAAGGUGAACGACCCAUGCACAAGACUAAGUUGUGUGGUGGGGAAAAAGUAGAUUCAAUUUCUACCUACGAGACUGAACUUAAGAAUUGCCAUGACAAUCUUGUAAAGGAAAAGGAUGCAGAUCACAAAGCACUUCCUKCAGCUUUUGUCAUCUUCAAAUCCUUGAAGGCUGCGACAGUUGCUGCACAAUGUCAGUGGGACAAGAUACCUGUUAGUAUCAAUGUCAAAACAGCACCAGAAGUCAACAAUGUUGUCUGGGGAAAUCUUGGAAUUGGCUUUUGUCAGAGGAAGAUUCGUUCAGCCCUUGUAGCAGUCUUUGUGUUCCUGUUGGUGGUAUUUUGGAUGGUGCCUGUCGCGUUUGUCUCAUCCAUGAUUCAGCUUGAGAGCUUAGCUAAGAAAUUCCCGGAUACUUUGGGCAGAAUUAACGACUUGCCAAUUUUCGUAACUGGGUUUCUUGGUGGCUUUUUGGGUGGCCUGGCACUUCUUAUUUUCUUCAUCAUUCUUCCUUUGCUCCUUCGCUUUGUCUCCAGACUACAGGGUCUUUCAUCUUGGACAGAGGUCCAGAGAUCUUCUCUUGGAAAAUUGUUUAUUUUCAAGAUCGUCAACAUGUUCCUGCUACUUGCAGUAGCUGGCUCAGUCCUCAACAAGAUUAGUGACACCAUAAACAAACCAAUGGAACUCCCAUCAUUCCUUGCUGAAACACUUCCCAGCCAAUCAACUUUCUUCAUCACAUUGAUCAUGCUGAUGUCGUUGGGUGGUUUCCCCUUGGAACUGCUCAGGAUUGGACCUCUAAUUGUCGUUGCUAUYAAAAGGAARUUCCUUAAUUUGACACCAAGAGAGGAYAAGGCGGCAUGGAGACCACCUCCCAUUGGGUAUGAUGUGCAGUAUGCCAAUCACUUGUUUGCAUUGAUUGUUGGCCUCUGUUACUCAGUCAUGGCCCCAAUCAUGACACCUUUUACUUUCUUGUACUUCGUCUUGGCUUUUGUUGCUUGGAGCAACCAAGUUCURUGUGUGUACAUCCCGACCUUUGACUCUGGUGGUCUUUUGUGGCCUAAAGUCUUCAAUAGGGUCAUUGCUGGUCUCCUGGUAUUCCAGAUAUUGAUGAUUGGUGUCUUUGGUCUCAAGAUGGUUGCUGCAGUGUCUGUACUUGUUCUUCCACUGCCUCUUCUUACYGUGCUGUUCUUUGGAUUUGUGCAGUUUAACCUUCUUCCACUGUCUGARAAUCUUACAUUGGAGAAGGUGACCUCAGAAGAAGAGCCUCAAGCUCCACAGGAAAUUACUGAGGGUUACAUCAGGAACCACAAACUUCCUGAGGAGGAAGAGCUUAGCCAAGAACCAUUGGAAUCAGAAGACCACACCAAUGAAGCUUCCCAGCUCAUCRCCAACCCCUCGCAUUCUCCACAGAAGACUGAGGACGAGUCGGCCAAGAAGGAAGAGGACACACAUGUUUAAGCAGCGCUUGACAUGGUUGACUAAACGAUUGUAAGGAAUUGAAGAGUUGAGUUUUAAAAGGCUUUUUUCUUUUUAUUCGAACUGCACUUGAGAUAGCUUAAGUCCAGACUGCUAAGAUAUUCCAGUGCAUGGCUUUUUGCGCGUCUUUUCAAUUUUCUUACAGGUUUUUGCCGAGAUGGGUAAUGUUGCGUUUAGUCUUGUAUAGAGGAUUGACUAGAGUGUUUGAACAACGUAGAAGUAGUCUUACACUAUAGGAGUAGUUUCUAGAUAACUUCCGUUGUCUAUUUUAUUCUUAAUGUAAUGURGAAAUAGGAGGUAAGGUUCUUCACAACGUACGGUGUUUUAUUUCGUGUGUUUUUUUUUUCGACAUUUAGAAAUAGUGUUUGACAACCUCCAUUCAAAUUAAAGGCUUGUUCUUUAACUGGGCGGAGUCGUGCAACGAUUUUCCGUGUCAUUAGCUCGGAAAAUCGUAGUAAAAGCGCUCAAAGCGCACUAGAAUUCCAACUUAUUGAAGUAAACUAGUGGKAAAUGUAAACCAUAAGGGCGCAGCAAAMACGUCCAUCUUAUGAAAGGGUCUUGAUUGGAGGACAUUAAAACAAACAAACCAUAAAAAUAUACUAUAGAAAUAUGCAUAUUCAAACAUAAAGUAGUAUUUGUCCAGCUAACCAAAGUAUAUAGAUAAGUAUAUAAUACUAGUACACUCGGUACAUAAAGUUAACUUAUUAUUUUUAUAUUAGUAAAUUAAUAUAACAGAUAGUUUCAUUGCUUUACACAAACUUGGGACGCACUGCUUGUCUGCUUUUUUCCUAUACAGCCAUCUCAAAAAGGUUGCUGGAGAAAAGGUAAUUAAAUAACCGCCGAAAGAUURAACGACCGCAAAGAAAUGUGGGUAUUUCAUGUCAUUUGGUAUAAUGAUUUUACWCUAGAACAGCAGUUGUUUUAAUUGACAGGAGAACUCAUUAAACAAUGAUAGCCACUACGCAUUGUAUCCAAUAGCGUGACCKUCGUUUAAGUCUACRUCCCUUUCCCACAACUUAUUUUGGCACUAAUUUCUAUUGAAAUUUAAAUGAAAAUUCAAGCUUGAUAUUCUGUUGCUCUUUUUGACAUUGAYCUAGUAUUGCCUAAAUUUUUUAUGUUACUUUAUUUCCAAAAAACAGAACUGUAUAACAUGGAAAGUUUUGAGUGUCAAGAAUAUUAGCAAAUAAUUCAUGCAAUUUUAAAAUCAGGAUUUUAAGAAUGAUUCAUAGCACUAUAUCCAAUUACAAUAUAAAGAUAAUGAGACGCUAAGARAAAAAAUAAACGUAAACCAUAGCUAGAUAUACGCCUAAUUGCACGAAUUGUCAGUUAAGAAAUGGAAAAUCUGCACUUCAGUGCUAGAAGAUCAUUUAAAAGUGUUCAGCCCGAGUGAUGUUCUUUUAUCUCUCCUUUUGAAUCUAAAAGAAUAACUUCUAUUUCUCAAUGACAAUGUUUUGCAAUUAGAUGUAUUAUAUGUAAGUGGGCARCUAUUUCAGAAAACGUUGAAUUGUUGUACUGAAUAAGUGAAUAAUUCCAAUACCGAAAUUCAUUGUGUUUCUUCUCUAAAAUGGACGGUUUGGACGAUUUUAGAGUGACUAUGCCAGCUUCGUUCAGUAAGGACAUUCAGUGGAAAGCUAUCUAGUUUAGARUUGCCUUGUAACGCCAGAYACAUGGAGAACAAUACCCGCARUGCAUCUCGGUAUUGGAGGUAGGCCAUGUGAUAUCACAGUAUUCAACUUUUCUUGAAGUUGCUUCAUAAUAAUUAAGGUGUUAAAGUUCUUACUUAAGUCAGUACAUAAACUGUUGUAACUCCAUAUAUUAAUGUGUUUGAUAAAGUUGUUAAAUUCAAGGUUGGCUAAUCUGUGAAAUGCAGUAACCUCAAAUCGAGCGCUGAAAGYGAAACGCUCGAGAGAUACGUGUGAAACGCUCGAGAGAGACGUGUUUGGCCUUUUUUCAUUCAGCGUUUGAKGCGGCUGUUUUCACAGGCUUGAGCUAGAAUCCACGACAAACGCAAGCGCAAGAUCCAUGGCAACCGUUAAAGGUAUAAGUGCAAGAGUAAACAAUCAAAAUGUUUCUCCUGCAGGAAUGUUUUGCUGUAUUUCGAUCAUGCACGUUUUUUCUUGCGACUGUGCGUGCGUUUGUGGUUGCGGCGUGUUUAAUAUAAAAUAACAUGUAACUGUUUUGUUAGUACUGAUCACUGCAUAAACUGUYGUAACUCUA